AUGAGUAGCUAUAGGCCUGUGUCUCUAGUGUCAGGGUUUUCAAAAAUUAUUGAAAAAGCGUUCCUUUCAAAACUAAUUACAUUCUUCGACAAAAAUAAUAUUAUUUCUGGAUCUCAACAUGGCUUCAGACCACAGCGAUCAACUGAAACAGCUACUUUCAAUCUGAUAAACCAUGUCUUAAAUGCUGUGGACAACAACAGAUAUGUUGUUGUUGUUGUUGUGGUCUUCAGGAAUAAAGAAAAAAAUCUUACUGCAUCUGCAAAAGAUAUUACAAAAAGAGUGUCUGAAUGGUUUACCAGAAAGUGGCUAAUAGUUAAUCCCCAAAAAACGAUACUCAUGAAUUUCCACACUGAUCAAAAUAAAAAUCCGGCACAACCUGUCGUAUGUGUAGAUUACCAAGACUUAUAA